CGCGGGCUGCCAUGUUGCAGCAGGACAGUAAUGAUGACAUUGAAGGUGUUUCACUGUUUGAUGCAGAAGAGGAGACAACUCGUAGACCAAAAAAAUCCAAAAUCAGACACCCAGUGGCAUCAUUUUUCCAUUUAUUCUUUCAAGUCAGUGCAAUUAUAGUCUAUCUUCUCUGUGAAUUGUUCGGCAGCAGCUUUAUUGCCUGUAUGGUGACAAUUAUCUUGUUGUUGUCACGUGACUUUUGGGCCGUCAAGAAUGUCACAGGUAGACUAAUGGUUGGCCUGCGCUGGUGGAAUCAUACUAAUGAAGAUGGAAAAAGCCAUUGGGUGUUUGAGCCCAGGAAGGCCUCUCCUCAAGACAGUAAAACCGUUUCAGAGGCUGAAUCAAGAAUCUUCUGGUUAGGACUCAUUGCCUGUCCGAUGCUGUGGGUAAUAUUUGCCUUUAGUGCCUUCUCCUUCAGAGUGAAGUGGUUGGCGGUGGUUAUCAUGGGUGUGGUGCUGCAAGGGGCCAACCUGUACGGCUACAUCAGGUGCAAAGUGGGCAGCAGGACUAAUUUAACCAGCAUGGCUACAUCGUACCUUGGAAAGCAGUUUUUAAGACAGACCACUGGAGACGAUCAGACCUCCAGACCUCCUGAAGAGAGUGAGGGAGCCUGUGUGUUCUUUCCACUGGGAACAAGUGAAGGGGGUCUUGACUCUGAACCUUUAGAACUCAGUACCUAUUGCAAAGAGGAGUGUUGGAGAAUCUGCUCCUUCCCUGACACUGCAAUUCCUCCGCCUCCCCGCCCCGCCUGCCCUCUCCCCGCUCCAGCGGCCCGGCUGCCCUGCGCACCUCAAGCUGCCAGCACUACAGAGCACCGAAUGGGCUGGCACCGCCUUGUUUCCUGGCCUAAUGGAUGCUUGUUUAAACACUGGGGCUGUUUGCAUUGCUGCGGCUCACUGCAUGUUAAACACAGUCCUCUGAAACCCUAUGCCAAUCCAAUAAAGGUAUCAGCAGUUCAGUGCGGGGAGGCAAUUACUAGAGGGUCCCAAGUGUGCCUUCGAAGCUCUAGGAAGGAAAAUGUGAUUGAACAACUAAAAGGAAAAUCUGAUUCCGCUCGGCAUCACGGGGAGGACACAAGGCUUAACUGCAGCCAGGUCUUUGGAGGGCAGAGAGAAAUCAAUGAGGGGCCGGGGGAGCACUCACGCAACGUUGAAGGGCCGUGA